CAGCGGGUCCAGCUGACUGUGCGUGAGCCUCUGCUUGCUUUGGAGUUGCAACACAGCUGCGUCGUGGGGCCUAGUGCGGGACACCAGGGUGCCACCAACGCGCCGAUGUCCCGAGUGCACCCAGGGCUCCCAGCUAACCAUGCUACAGCUGCUUGGGCGCUGCCCCUGCUACUGCUACUGCUACUGCCCCCAACCAGCGCCAGGCCGUCUGCAGGCCCCGGUUACCUGCGGCGGGGCUGGCUGAGGCUGCUAACCGAGGGCGAGGACUGCGGUCCCUGCCGGCCAGAAUUGUGCGCGGCACCCCGGGGUUGCCUGGCGGGUCAGGUGCGCGACGCGUGCGACUGCUGUUGGGAAUGCGCCAACCUGGAGGGCCAGCUCUGCGACUUGGACCCCAGCACGCGUUUCUACGGGCGCUGCGGCGAGCAGCUCGAGUGCCGGCUGGAUGCAGGCGACGACCUGCACCGUGGAGAGGUGCCCGAGCCGUGGUGCGCCUGUCGCUCGCAGAGUCCGCUCUGCGGUUCCGACGGCCGGACCUACGCUCAGAUCUGCCGCCUGCAGGAGGCGGCCCGCGCGAGGCCCGACGCCAACCUCACGGUGGCACACCCAGGCCCCUGCGAAUCGGAGCCCAAGAUAGUGUCGCAGCCCCGGGACAUUUGGAAUGUGACCGGGCAGGAUGUGAUCUUUGGCUGCGAGGUGUUCGCCUAUCCAAUGGCCUCCAUCGAGUGGAAGAAGGACGGCUGGGAUGUCCAGCUGCCAGGGGAUGAUCCCCACAUCUCCGUGCAGUUUAGAGGUGGACCUCAGCGGUUUGAGGUGACUGGUUGGCUGCAGAUCCAAGCGGUUCGUUCCAGUGAUGAGGGCACCUACCGCUGUAUUGCCCGGAAUGCCCUGGGCUGGGUUGAGGCCCCUGCUUCCCUGCUAGUGCUCACACCAGACCAACUGAACUCCACAGGAAUCCCUCGGCUGAAAUCAUUGAACCUGGUUCCUGAGGAAGCCGAAAAUGAAGAGAGCUAUGAUUAUGAUUUCUACUAGCUCUGGAUGGUGGGGUGGGUGAUGGUCCUAAUAUCUGUCCCUGCUCCUAAGAAGACCUGGAAUAGAUCUAGAAAGGGUGAACAAGGUCCCUUCAUGGAUUAGUUUACUGCUCCUUGUAGGAUGAUCAUGGUGGUGACAGUAUGAAAGAGACAGGUUGUAAUUGUCAUCCCUCUGACCAUCACCUUUAUAAUAACAAUAAAGUAAGUUAAUUAAAAAAAAAGUCAGGUGCUGGUGGCU